AUGGCCACUGCUACGACAGCAUUGGCACGUCCAACGGGUAAUACUGGUGGUGCAAUGAUGAUGAUGCCAGCGGGUUCUGCUAUUGCUAUGGGUUGUACAGGUCAGCCGUCACAAAUACCAUUGUAUCCGUCGCAACAAAGUGCGUAUUCUGUUUAUCCAUCACAAACUGCCAUUGGAGUGUCAUCAGCUAAUGAACGUUUAGUUUCGAAUAAUUCUUGUGAUGCAGCACCUGGAAAUUUCUUCCCCCAACAACCGCAACAAAGCUAUGCAUUGCAACGGUCAUUUUAUCAAAAUUUAACACCGGAACCACAGGCAACAACAACUAGUAGUGUUAUGUCUCAAAGUAUGAAUUGUGAAGCCAUUGGUUCGACAGCGACCAUGUCUAAUGAUAGUUUGACAGCAUCGGUUCUAACUGAUUUGAGUUCCCAGUCAUUAUCAGUUCGACGGCCUUCCAGUUGUAGCAGCCGGAGUCGUCCAUCAUCAUCCUGCUCCUCCGCUACAAACAUACAAAUACCAAUUACAAGUGCUACAGUUACUGUUACGAGUGCUGCUGGACUAACAACAAAUAUGAAUGGUUUGGCUAAUGCGUCGGUCACAAAUAAUACCAUUGCAUCAGUUUGUGCUACUAAAAGUGAUGAUAUUCUAAUAAUCCGUGAUCCAUUCGAAGAGGAAGAAUUGCCCGGUACACGCUGUAAUACCACAAAUACCCGAAUGAUGUUAUUCAAUCAACGACCACCACAAUAUAUCAACACUGGAAAUCCUUUGGAUUCUGGAGGACAGUUGGAGUUGCCCCGGCAUCUUCGUGUCCCGUAUCCUGAAUCGGCAUAUAGAGCAUGUAUUGCAGCGAAUAAGAAUUUGGCCAAUUACCGUAACGGAGCACCGUUAUCUUCGUUCAUACCGCCCUAUCCAGGGCUUCCUGGCCCAAGACCUGGUUCUGUUUUUGGUCCCAAUGUUGUUCCAAUAGAAAAUUCAAUAAUAUAUGGGAAUCCACAACAACAGCAGCAGCAGCAACAACAGCAACUCCCCGGAAAUGGUGCAAAUUUUGGGAUUUUGCGGAAUAAUAGAACGCAAGGAAAUACUUCACCAGGUUGUCCACCGCUGUCAAUGGGUAAUGCACUUCCACCAAUUCCAACCCAGGGCUUUGGAAACCCAUAUUGUGUUCAAGGACCGGCUCCAACGCAGCAGAUGUUAGGACCACCUGGCUGUAUGCAGCGUACGGAAUACUUACCAGCUCCAUCAGGUCCAUAUUGUAUGCCGGGUGGUGCCGCUGGACAGCCUUAUUUUGGAGGACAACCGGUUGGAAGAUCCGAACCUGGAACUUCUAAUAUGGUGCCUUUGAACAAUAGUCAACAAAUAAAUGCCAUGGGAAUGGGGGGCAUGAAUGGUGAAAGAAUGGGACCUGUUAUGGGUGUCAUCGGUGUAGCCCAGCAGCAAAGUGUUGCAAUGCCGAAUCUUAGCAUCACAGAUGAACAGCAGCUCUUGGCAGCAAGACGGAAGCAACAAUCGUUGUUACCAUCCGGACAACAACAACAACAACAGCAACCAAUGGUACCUGGAAUGAUGCUACCAAUGUCAGUUCCAUCCCAGGACUUCUAUUUAUCCCAGAGCAUUUGUGGCAGUCGUAGUGGUAUACCACUUCACGUCGCAUCAGCACAGCAGCAGGCGAUGGUACCAAUGGCACCUGCUAAUGGAACUGCUGGAGGAGGCGGGCUAGGACAAUUUGAUCAUUUUGACGUUCGACCUUCAACAAGUAUGAGUUGUACGCCAAUGUCAUACUGUCCUUCGAUAGCAUCAGCACCAAAUGCAACAGAUGCCCCGCCUCAGCAACAGUCUACUUCUCAAAUGAUCGCUAAUUCAAUGAUGAUGACUAGAGGUUAUGGUGGUUUCGAGCAAAAUGGCUUCGUUGAUGGUUUUCAGGUCCAUGUACAGUUCGUUUUUUUUUUUGCAACUGGGAUCAUUGUUUCGGAACAUCUUCCAAGUCUGGAUCCUAACUCAGGAAAAUUAGUGAAGGUGCUAAAGUUGCAAGUUCGAAUUGGAAAUUUUGAACUAAAAUUAAGAAAAUUUCAACCUUUACGGGAGCAAUUGGAAGCGGCUCAACGGAAUAAUAAUGGUAGCAGUGGUGAUGUUGUUAGCAAUAAUAUGGCAACCAAUACCACCAUCACCACCAGUACCAGCGGUGAUUCGUUCACUAUACUAAAUGGUUCUACAAGUAGCCAGAACACGAGUACCGGUAACAAACAACGUUGUGUAAGCUGUACAGAAGAACUAAGAAGCGAUCAACCCAGUAUUCAAUGCACAGCAAAUGGCGAAGGUUGUCGGCGUUUCUUUCAUCAAGAAUGUAGUGGAUUAUUAUCGGAUGCAUUCCGUGCUAUCAUUGCAGAACCGUGUGCAGAAUGGAUUUGCCCAGAUUGUUUAUGCCGUCAACAAACGCAACUUACAUUUGCUUAA